UAAACUCCCAAAACGGCCACCGUGGCGCUUCAGACGCCCCCUCCCCUCGCCCCGCCACUCCAGCCCCCUCUUUAGCACCCGCCAUGAUGGAUUUCAAAAGUUUUCACAUCUUUAUUGUGCCGAAUUUCAAAGUCGAGUAAACUAGUGUUUAGUGUAUCUCCUCGCAUUUUUGCUGAGUUGAGAUCCUAAAUAUCUUAAUUCUCCUUUGCUGUUUGGAUACAAUACUUUAUUAUUGGCUUGCGGACCUUGCGGUUUAGUUAGUGCAAUAAUAAAUCACCAUGAGACUGAAGUGUUGUGUUGGUGGUUGCAAUGCAACAAAUGAGACUCAUCGACUUUUUGCAUUUCCUAAGAACGAUUUCUUAAGGAAUUUGUGGAUGUCUUUCCUUGUUCCGACAAAUUCUAUUUUACUCAAUUUGUCAAAAGACCAAUUACUCAGGAAACGUGUGUGUGAAAAACAUUUCGAUAGACAUCAGUUUGACCAAUUGGAUGGCAAGAGGAUUCGGUUUUCGUAUCCUUGCUUAUUUACUGAUGACGAAAUAAAACACGGCGAACCCCUGGCACCAGUUGGAACCGGUGAGUACCUUAUGAUUUAUAUAUGAAUGAAUAGUUGUUAAAUACCACGUGCGUUAUUUACUCUACCUCUUUUUUUUUAUAGUAAAUUCUAAUUCUGGUACCAUUUUAUAUAUAUACACGAGUAUAUAAUUAUAAUAUAUAUUUGAAUUUCCUGUUAGCAUACUAAAAUCACAUUUUUUGAUUUUUUUGUGAGAUAAAUUAUUUGAAGUGAAGAUUUCAUUAGGUACUUGGAUUAUAAUAUAUAAUAUAAUUAAGUUAUCUAAUUGUAAUUUUGUUCUAGUCCGACAUGCACUGAGUGACCACAAUUAUUUUAAAUACCACGACGAUGACGAGGAUAUGAUGGAACAAAAUAUGGUCAUUGGGAGGCCGGGUGAAGACUUCCAUGAACAUCCAUCAUGUUCAUAUUCUCAAAUUGAGAACUCUGCCCCACUAAGUAAAGAUGUUACAGCAGUAGAUGAAGGUUCAUCAUCAUUGCCAAAACUCACUGCAGAAGCCGUUUUCCCACCAACUUCCUCACAUUCUGACACUGUGGCCUCCGUCCCACAGAGUAAAGAUGGUGUAGCAGUAGACAAAGACUCAUCAUCAUUACCAAAAGUGAUUGAUGGCACUGUUCUUGAUGUUUCCUCGGAAGUCUCGGAACUAACAGAUGUGACAGCAGUAGAUGAAGGUCCAUCGUCAUUGCCAAAACUCACUGCAGAAGCCGUUUUCCCACCAACUUCCUCACAUUCUGACACUGUGGCCUCCGUCCCACAAAGUAAAGAUGGUGUAGCAGUAGACAAAGACUCAUCAUCAUUACCAAAAGUGAUUGAUGGCACUGUUCUUGAUGUUUCCUCGGAAGUCUCGGAACUAACAGAAAUUGAACCAACAUCAGCUCAAUCAUUGCAACAGAAGAAAUCAACACGGAAACGUAAUACAGGUUCUGUUAUGAAGAAAUUAAGUUCAAAGGGAAGAAAAUUCGUCAACGACAUGAUAAGUAUUACGAAAUCAUGUAUGGGUGACACUGGCGGAGAAAGACUUUCACAAGCUAAAUCAUAUGGAGGUAACGAGCAAUUGUUUAAGAAUUUCGACCUACUUAACAAACAGGCACAGACGUUUCUGCUAAUGCAAUUGAAACUGUGUCGCAAAAACAAAAUGUCCCGAACGUUCACGAUGGAAGAAAAGCGUAUGGCUCUAUUGCUGAUGAAGCAAAGCCCAAAGGCGUACAAACUUUUGGAAACAAUGUUUGCUUUGCCCACUAAGAGGACUUUACACAGACUAUCUGAAAAAGUAAUAAUCAAACCAGGAAUUAACCGACAGUUAUUUUCUCACAUCCGAAAUACCGUGAAAAACUGGGGACAACAGCAAAAGUUAUGCUCAAUAGUAUUUGACGAAAUUGCUCUGACACCGUACUUAACAUACAAUGAAAGUAAUGAUCUAAUUCAUGGAUUUGUGGAUGUCGCUGGUGAAAGAAAAAUGAAGUUUUGUGAUCAUGCCCUUGUAUUUAUGAUAAGAGGCAUAUGUUCUUCAUGGCGGCAGUGCAUAUCAUAUUACUUCUGCGAAGGAACAACAUCUACAAACGAGAUGCAGGAAAUCUUAAAGCAAAUCGUGGCAGAAGUGGCUCAAACAGGACUUAUACCUUUAGGACUAGUUUGCGACCAAGGAUCGACCUUCAGAACUGCGAUCAAAAAAUUCCGAGAAGAGACAAUACGUUACCGUAACGACGAAGCCAACACAGAAGAUGAUGGCAUAGUACACAUUGCUGGUCAUCAUUUAAGUGUAUUUUACGACCCGCCCCAUUUACUUAAAGGAUUAAGGAACAAUUUCCUUAACAAAAAUAUUAUUUGGGAAGGAAAGAGAGCAUCAUGGAAGGACAUUCAAUACAUAUAUGACAUUGAUAGCCGGCUGGGUCACACGAGGGCAUUACCAAAAUUAACGGCGCACCACGUAGAUCCCGAUAAAAUAAAAAAAAUGAAAGUCAGCGUGGCGGCGCAAGUUUUUAGUUCACGAACAGCGGCCAUGCUGAACUACACAGCUGCCCUUAACAAGCUUCAUAAUCCUGACUCAAGUGAUACUGUACCAUGGAAGCGACAGCAGAGCUCAUUGAAUUUUUUGACACGUUGUUUGACAGCGUCAACGGCUCCCCUGGAGGCGCAACUAAAGGAAACUGAGGAAAGCAGUCUGUCCAAGUGA